AUGGCUAGAAGACCAAGGCUAUAUGCAGAUAUUAAUGCUCAGUUAGGACCUGAACAUUCUGACUAUGAAAACCUAAUAAUUAGAUGGGGUCGUCAAGAUGACUAUGAGAUUAUUCGAAAAAUCGGCCAUGGAAAGUAUUCUGAAGUUUUUGACGGAAUAAAUUCCGCAACAGAUGAAAAAGUGGUAAUAAAAAUUCUCAAGCCAGUAAAAAAAGCCAAAAUCAAGAGAGAGAUUAAAAUUUUGCAGAACCUGCAAGGAGGCCCCAAUAUUGUGCGUCUUCUAGACAUAGUUAGAGAUCCCGCCUCAAAGACACCCUCUCUAAUUUUUGAGCAUGUGAAUAAUUUUAAUUUUAAACAGCUUUAUCCACAAUUGACUGACUUUGAGGUUCGCUACUAUAUUUUUGAAUUAUUGAAAGCAUUGGAUUACUGCCAUUCUAUGGGAAUUAUGCAUAGAGAUGUGAAGCCUCACAACGUUAUGAUUGAUCAUGAAAAACGAUUAUUAAGACUGAUUGAUUGGGGUCUAGCAGAAUUUUAUCAUCCAAAAACUGAAUUAAAUGUAAGAGUGGCAUCGAGAUAUUUUAAAGGGCCUGAAUUGCUAGUAGAUGACCAAUUAUAUGACUAUUCGCUGGAUAUGUGAAGCCUAGGAGCAAUGCUUGCAGGAAUGAUCUUUAUAAAAGAGCCAUUCUUCCAUGGGCAUGAUAAUAUGGACCAAUUGGUAAAAAUUGCUAAAGUACUAGGAACAAAUGAGCUGUAUAGGUAUUUGGCUAAAUAUCAAAUUGAAAUGGACCCACAAUUAGAAGCAAUGGUUGGGAGACAUGAAAAGCAGGCUUGGCAAAAGUUUGUGAAUAGUAAAAAUUCUCAUUUGGCUCAUCCGCUCGCGAUUGAUUUCCUAUCACAUUUGCUAAAGUAUAAUCCAAAUGAGAGAAUUCUACCAAAAGAAGCAGCAGAUCAUCCUUAUUUUGCUCCAGUAAAAGAAAUGUGGGCUCAGAUUGAGAGUAAAAAUUUUACAAUACAGCCUGGGAACCCUGCAUAUGAGACAGCUUUGAUUUUGAAGAACAGAUUAGAAAGAGGAUCUUUAAAUUAA